AUGGAGAAAAUAUGUAAAAUUGUUGAUGAUGAAUCUAACAAUGGUCUUCGUCAGUUGGAAAUGUUCGUUCAUGUAACAUCAAACAUUGAACAUGUUGGUUAUAUGAGGAUAUUAUUAGAGGAAUCGUCGCGCGACAAUGGGACGGUACCUGCUAGUAAGUCAUCCAUGAAGUUGUUAAAGAGAAUGGAGGUUGAUGAAGAACGUACAAAUGAUGACUGUGUGAUUUGUUUUCAAGAGUUUGGAAAAAAGAUGGAGUUAUUGUGCAUGCCUUGCUCACAUGGGUUUCAUGCAGAUUGUAUUACCAAUUGGUUGGAGAAUUAUGGCCAUAGUUGCCCUAUUUGUCGUUAUGAGAUGCCAACUACUGAAUUAGACUCCUAG